AUGUCCAUCCGCUGCAUGUCUGGCCCAUCAUCAAUACUGCGCCCAUCCACCAGAAAGGGUCAUUUGAGGAGGUGGAAGAGGAAGUGGGGGCUGAAGCAGGAGAUGCUGAGCUGCUGGCUCAGCCUGGAGAGAGGAUUUCAUUGGAGCUUCCUGGGUCCAGUCUGUGCCAUAAUCCUGAUAAAUAUAACGGUCUUUGCCCUGACCCUGUGGACCCUCAGAAACAGACUCUCCUCCCUCAGUGCAGAUGUGUCCACCCUCAGAGAUACCCGGUUACUGACCUUUAAAGCCAUCUCCCAGCUCUUCAUUUUGGGCUGCACAUGGAGCUUUGGUCUCCUCCAAGUCGGCCCAGCAGCCAUGGUCAUGGCGUAUUUAUUCACCAUCGUCAACAGCCUGCAGGGAGCCUUCAUCUUCCUGGUGCACUGUCUCCUCAAUCGCCAGGUGAGAAAGGAGUACAGGAGAUGGAUCAAGGGAUUCCGAACGUCCAGCACAAAAUCUCAGACAUCCGAUCUAUCCAUGUCUGCUUUCCCCACCACCACGGUGGUAAGAGGUCCUGUGCUCUGUUCCAGUACCAGCCUGUGA